CGGUAGGGAACAGAGAGGGCCUCCUGCGCCCCCCACGGAGGGGAGGGCUAACGGUUUUAUGCUGUUUCUACAUCAGGAUUAUGAGUGAUGGAAAGCAGAAGCCACUCUUAGCUGAACUUACACAUUAACGAGCAGAAGGGAUAGACAGCAGUUUGCCUGAACCAGCAGAACCGUGGAAAGUGUGGCCGGCGUGCUGGUGGGACAUCCGUUCGACACGGUUAAGGUGAGUUUCUUGUCGCGGUUUCAUGCCCAGGCUCUUGGGGAGGGGCAGCUGGACACCCCCUCCUGGUGGCCCCCUCAGGGACACCUCCAAGGUCACCCCACAAGGUCUAGGAUGAAGGUAGAAUCCGUGCCCCCUGAUGUUCAGGUGAGCGGCGGCCUGUGCUCCAAGCCGUUGCCUUUCCUCCUGGGUCUGUCACCGCAUCUCCCAGCUGGAGGGGAACUUUGCGGUCCAUCCUGAGGCUUGGCCAGCUGCGACCGAGGGGUCAAAGGGCACAUUUCCCCCCCGCCUAGAGCCGGGGACAGCCAGCCACACUGUCCUUGUGCAGAACUCCAGACCGCUUCCUGAAAGAAAGAAGAGUUGAGAGAGAAAAUACAGAAAUACAGACAAAUCAAACCGUGGCAGCCCUCCCCACGACUGUGGGCUUCCCGGAGCGGUGGUUGUCAGUGUUGAGAAAUGGGGGUCGUUUCCCGGGGCUCUGUGCACCUGCAGGUGCGGUGACUCUGGAGUGUGGCCCACAGACCGGCACCCAGCUCCUCCCGGGGCCACGCCUGGGUACGCUGUUGGGUCCCAGGUUCUCAGAAGUCUCAGCGGGCACCCCGGAAGUCUGCAUUCCCAGUUGGAAAUUCCCAAAUAAGAUUUCACCCCCCCCACCCCCGCUGGGGUUUAUUGUCCUUAAAAAGCCAAGUCGGGGAGUUCCCACUGUGGCACAGUGGGCUAGUGAUCCAGCUCGUCUCUGUGGCGUUGCCAGUUCAGUCCCCAACCUGGCACAUUGGGUUAAGGAUCCAGCGUUACCGCAACUCUGGCAUAGUUUGCAGAUGUGGGUUGGAUUCGAUCCCUGGCCUGGGAACUUCCAUAUACCACGGGCGAGGUUGAAUAAGACAAAAAAAAAAAAAAACAGCACAGAACUAGCCAAGUUGGGAGCCUUCCUCGUGGGCUUCACCUGGGAGCUGGGGACUGCAAGCAGCUGGCACCGGGUUAGACCUGGUGUCCUGCCGCAAGCGCUGAACCUGGCACCUCUUCGCACCGGGACGAGGGUGGACUCAAGGCAAGGAUGUCAGCCCUCGGUGCAUCGAGGGGACUCCCCUCUCUCUUUUCAGGAGCCCGGCUGUUCCUUGGGUGAGAACAGGUCUUGGGAACCGGGGCUGAGAUUUCCUCCUGCACAGGCGGGAGGGCCCUGCCAUGUACACUGGCUCUGACCUGAAAAAGUGCUGUCCCUGGUCCCUGUGCAGCUCCAGGCCCCGGGCCAGGCACUUCACCUCUGACCUGCACGGUGAGGGGCUGCCAAGAUUACCGAGGCCUUGGAGUUCCCGCUGUGGCUCAGCGGUCACGAACCCAACUAGUAUUCAUGAGGACUCGGGUUCAAUCCCUAGCCUCGCUCAGUGGGUUGAGAAUCUGGUGUUGCCGUGAGCUUGGUUCAGGUUGCAGGCGCGGAUCAGAUCCUGCAUUGCUGCGGCUGUGGCAAGGCUGGCAGCUGCAGCUCUGAGUCAUCCCCUAGCCUGGGAACUUCCAUAUGCUGCAGGUUCGGCCCUAAAACAGAGGCCAGUUCCGAAGGGAAUUCCAUCCCACCGUUCACAACCCGGGGAGGAGGUGGAGAGGCCAGGCUUUCUUGCCCUGCAGUGGCCCUGAGUCCCUCCACAGGCCUGCUGAGAGUGAGGUGCUGGGGGAGCCUGCCCACCGGCCAGAGCAGCCCCCGCAAGGCCCAGAUACGCUGUGUUUCUGUCCCGCGGGCAGGUGUUCUGAAUGCCUCGCUAAGCUGCAUCCAGCAAGAAGUGUCUGAUUGACCUCCUCGGCCCAGCUCUGCGGAGGCCCCCCUGCGCUGUGAUGUGGCCAGGCCCGGCCGGGCCUUCUGCAGGCGCCCGCCUGCCCCUCACUCAGUCCGGCCAGGCUGGGGAGCACCGGGCUCUGCUGCUUCCAACUCCCUCCGAGCUCCUGGGCCAUGACUGGCACCCUCCUGGUCAUUUGAGUUAGGACCUCUGUCCCACGGGGUUCCUGCCCCCAGGAGCCCUGCCUGGCACUGGAAGGUGCUCUUUGAGGAAAUCUGUUGGUAAUUGGUUUGGGGGGUUUGUUUUUUUUUCCUUUGGCCCCUAUGGCCACCAGCAUCACAUCUGGGCAGACCUAUGUUCAAAAAGCCAAGCUUUUUAUUGUGAAGGGGGGAAAAAACCCACCCCUGGUGAUCUCCACUGCCACUCAACCUCGUGACCCCACUUGUCGCACCCACAGGCUCAAGACACUGUUAUAUUACGCUGCUUCUGAAUUUGUCUUUUUUUUUUUUCCCCCUUUAGGGCUACACCCAAGGCAUAGGGAGGUUCCCAGGCUAGGGGUCGAAUCAGAGCUGCACCUGCCAGCCUACGGCACAGCCACAGCCACGCCAGAUCCGAGCCACGUCUGUGACCUACACCACAGCUCAUGGCAAUGCCGGAUCCCUAGCCCACCGAUAGGCCAGCAGCUGCAGCUCCAAUUCGACCUCUAGCCUGGGAAUUUCCAUAUGCCGUGGGCGAAGCCCUAAAAAAAAAAAGAAAAACCGAAAAUUGAGGAAUGUGCUAUUUUUUAAAUGUGUUUGAAUCAUCGCAUUUUUUUCGGUUGGAUGUCUAUUACAGAAGUAAGAUAGGUCAUCAGAAAAUGUUACCCAUGGACAUACAAACUAAAACAAACCACACCCCAGUCCUUUAUGCAACCUUUUUCCCCAGCCCUCAUUGAUGAUUGCCACCGAAAAACACAUGCGCACACAGACCCAUACGUGGUCCUUGCUUUUGGUAAAAGUGGGAUUUACUUCAUAGCUCUGCGGUGGUCGUUUUAUUUUUUUUUUGCUUUUUAGGGCCACACCCAUGGCAUAUGGAAGUUCCCAGGCUAGGGGUCGAAUCGGAGCUAUAGCCGCUAGCCUACACCACAGCCACAGCAACCCAGAUCCAAAGCCACGUCUGUAACCUACACCACAGGUCACGGCAGUGCCAGAUCCUUAACCCACCGAGCAAAGCCAGGGAUUGAACCCACAACCUCAUGGAUCCUAGUUGGGUUCCUUAACCACUAGGCCAUGAUGGGAACUCCCUGAGGUGGUUGUUUGAAUUGAAAUUUCACACAUGGAGCAAAGGGUGCCAGUUCUGCAUGUGCGAACCUAUGAGUCAUUUUGAAGCACACACCUCGGAAGAGAAUCAAGGCCAGCCCCCCAGAGCCCCCUCCCCAUCCUCCGGCAGCCACCGGCCUGAUUCCUCAUCCACAGUCUGUUUUGACCUCACUUGAGCCUCCCGAGCUUGGCCCUGGGCUCUGGGCUCCCUGGCUGAGACCAUCGCUCUUUGUUACUCCAGGUCGUUGGAGUUGAAAUCUGAGUCCAGUAUUUGGUUUUGCUCUGUUGCGCCCCGAACCCCGGCCACGGUCCUCGGACACACCGCCUUCGCAUGUGUGUCUGUGGGAAGGCCGUUCUUUGUCCUUGUCACCGGACACAACAGGAACCGGGGGCAGGGCGCCCGAGCCUGCUUUCACCAGGGACCAGGCGUCCGGGCAGGGGAGGGGUGGGAGGCUGCGGGCUGGCCUUGGGGUCCCCACGCCUGGAUGUGAUGUUGAAAUUUUGUGUUGCUUUAACUGCCUUUACUUUCUGAGCUAGGGGCCGGCUCCGUCCAUAGCAAAAGGUAACUUUGUUGUAGAUGAGCCUAAGCCUCACCCCGGAGAGCUCUAGUAAGUACAGACCAGGCGAACCCCACGCCUCUUCUCUGUCCUCCCUGAACCAGACCUGGGGCCUGGACCCCGCCACGCCCCGCCCCCCGCCCCGGAGGCCCCUCCCGGACCAGCAGCGGACAGCACAGGUCCCAGGAUGGGGGACCGACCGGGGGGCCUUCCCACGGGGUCUCCCCAGGCCUGUGGGGAGCUGGGAGCUGCCCAGUCCUGUGUGCCAGUGACCCCUUUUCCAGGGGUGGGUCUGUCCAUCCCCAAACGGGAUCCUGUCACCCCAAAUGUUAAGAACCUCCACUCUAGAUAUUACAAGAUUGGGCCACACUUUAGCCCCCAACCGGGUCCCCCAGACCCUUGACAGGGACACUCAUCCCAGCCUGGGGCUUAGACACAGGGGGAAUGGGCCCCUGUGACCUCCCGUGGGAACUGAGCUGGCCUGAGCCUGGGGGUGAAACCACAUCCAACCUGCAGAGACGCCAUGGGGAUGUCAGAAAGUCCGACCCUCGGAGGGGACAGCCCCACGUCACCUCACAUCUGCUGAGAGCCCUCUCAGUGCCAGUGCUGGGGGCCACGGGAGGAAGGGACAGUCCCCCAGAGACCCCCGAGCACUGACAGGUACCUGAAAAGCCUCGUAUCACAGGAACAACCUGACAGAGCCUGUGGCGUUAAUGGAUGCUCAAAGGUCAUCGUGCGUUUCUCCUCUGAGCUGGCAGCCAGGUGGGGAGGGGUGCUGGGGUGAACAGUGCUGGGUGCCCUCUGCUGUUGGCUGCCUCUCAGAGCAGUGGCUGCCAGCUGUCGAGGUCCCAGGGUGUGGAAAUGCACUCUGUUUCCUUCCGAAACAUUUUCUGGAAGUGCCUUCGUCCAACUCAUGAGCCGCUUCGUCUCACCCGCCAGCACGCCCCCCUCCACCCUGGCCCCCCCGCCCAGCACAGCCCCUUCUGUCCCUGGAGUGGACAGAGCCUCCGUCUUCCCGUCUUUGAAGUGGGAGGGAGCAAGCCCACCUCGGCUGGUGAUGACUCCGAAGCCAGGCACGGAGGGGCGCCCGGGCUGAGCCCUGGCUGGGACAAUGAUCUGUAGUCUGAGCUGGAGACCAGCUCCUGGGGAGGGGAUUUAUCCCAGCUCAUGCCCACCCCCGUGACACGGAUUCCAGCUCAGGAAGUGUGCUCUCCCUCUGCACUGCGGGGCCUGGUAUCAAACGCAGAGAUAAGCUCUUGGUUAACAAAGAGCGCUUUCAUAGCGAGCUUCUGGACCGCUCGGCUCCAAGGGCAGAGAGGCCUGAUCCCCCAGGUCCCAGAGGUGCUGAUACGGUCCCCAAGGAGGCCGGCAGCUGCUCUCCUGUCACUGCUUUACUAACUCAUGACCACUGCUCUCACAAGGGGCCACCAAGCAGAAGCCCCAAGAGGCACAAGUCCUCGAUUCUAGUGCCCAUUGCUCGCUGCCAGACCCCAGUUGUGGGGGGGGGGGUGCGUGGUGGGAUGCUAGAUCCGGACCUGCUUUGGCAUCGGCUGUGAUUUGCUGGCGGCGGGUGAGGGGGUGGGUGACUCUCGGGAGAUGCCUCCUGUGCUGCUGGCGGGAUGCUGUGCAUAGUGAAGCCGGGGCUUUGCCCUCUACUCGUCUGAGGUCUUGGGGACCCCUGCCCCUUUGCAGCUGGCUGUCUGCCCACUGACACCCCUCCCUGGAGAGGCACAGACAUCCAGCCCCACCCCACCCCAGAAUUCCGAAAGCCACAGAAAGCUCCUUGGCUCCCAGCCCCAUGGGUCUGGCCUCGGGCCUCCGGGAGAGGGUCCUCAGUGCCACCCAGGGGAGCUGGGUGCUAUGGCCCCACCUGCCCACCUCUCACUGGGCCCUCCUUCCAGGUGCGGCUCCAGGUCCAGAGCAUGGAGAAGCCCCAGUAUCGCGGGACCUUGCACUGCUUCCAGGCCAUCAUCAAGCAGGAGAGCGUGCUGGGCCUGUACAAGGGCCUGGGCUCGCCGCUCAUGGGACUCACCUUCAUCAACGCGCUGGUGUUCGGCGUGCAGGGCAACACCCUCCGAGCCCUGGGCCAAGACUCGCCGCGGAACCAGUUCCUGGCGGGCGCGGCGGCGGGCGCCAUCCAGUGCGUCGUCUGCUGCCCCAUGGAGCUGGCCAAGACGCGGCUGCAGCUGCAGGACGCGGGGCCGGCCCGCACCUACCGCGGCUCCCUGGACUGCCUGGCGCAGAUCUACCGGCGCGAGGGCCUGCGCGGCGUCAACCGGGGCAUGAUCUCCACGCUGCUGCGCGAGACCCCCAGCUUCGGCGUCUACUUCCUCACCUACGACGUGCUGACCCGCGCGCUGGGCUGCGAGCCCGGGGACCGCCUGCUGGUGCCCAAGCUGCUGCUGGCGGGCGGCACGUCGGGCAUCAUGUCCUGGCUCUCCACCUACCCCGUGGACGUGGUCAAGUCGCGGCUGCAGGCAGACGGGCUGCGGGGCGCCCCACGCUACCAGGGCAUCCUCGACUGCGUGCGCCAGAGCUACCGCGCCGAGGGCUGGCGCGUCUUCACGCGCGGACUGGCCUCCACGCUGCUGCGCGCCUUCCCCGUCAACGCCGCCACCUUCGCCACGGUCACCGUGGUGCUCACCUACGCGCGUGGCGAGGAGCCCCGACCCGAGGGCGAGGCCGUGCCCGCCGCCCCCGCGGGGCCCGCCCUGACCCAGCCCUCCAGCUGGUGAGGCCCCGCCCGACCUCCCCAGGGGCCGCUUUCCCGAAGCGCGAAGUAGGCAUAAGUUGGCGCCCCCCAGUCCCCCUGCCCCAGACGCCCGGAGCCCGUGGGCUGGGGACUCCAUCAGACUCCGGGUGAAUUCCCUCAUCAGCUGGGUGGCCUUGGCGACAGGUUUGACAUCCUCAGUUUUCUCUGCUGUGAAAUGGGGGUCCUCAUGCCCACAGUGUACAGUCGGGAAGCUCAGAGGUGACACCCAUGCUGUGCCCAGCCUGGCACUGUUACCUGGAGUCCUCCAGAAGCCCAGCCAACACUCCAGCCCUGCCCUGCAGUCCUAGCCCCACCACCGUGGGGUCUCUGAUGACCCACCAUGGGCUUGCCAGUGACACGCCAACUGCAAAUCCUCUGUCUGGCAGAGCUCCAGGGCCACUUUUGGCCAACCGUCCAGUCUGUUAGGGACAGAGGGGCAGCUCAAGGGGCCUGCUGGUGACACAGAACCGAAUCUUCUGCCAGUACACUCCAGCUUCUGCAUGGGGUAAGCCGGGAACACCCCUACUGCCUGUGCUCCCCCUGCAGGGCAGCUGAGGGACCUGUAAGAAGCCAUGAGGGCUGCAGGAGGCUCUGGUUAAAUGCAGCCACUGCGAGGGAACAUUGUCGCCCUCUGGGCCUCAGGCCACCCAUCUGUAAAGUGGGGACGAAGGUCAGCCGAUAGCUGGCUCUGCCGCCCCCUGCUGCCCGAGGUUUCUGAGUUGUGCAGGGAGAGCGGUGUAGGAUCCCACCCCCAGUGAAUGGUGUCCUGGGCACUCUGGGUCUGGUGUCCUGGGCAUGAGGCCAUGUGGGGCUGUCAGUGGGCCAGUAGGGCCAGUUUGGACCCCUCCAGACCAAAGGGCGUCUGAGACCCACUCCAGGGCGGUCACUAGAAGGAGGGCUUUGCACAUCUGUUGCCUUGUGGCUGUGAGACUGGACAGGGGGGCGGGGAGUGCUUUUGCACAAGUUGGGGGUGACUGUGGCCUCCUCCACCCUGGGGGUGGGGGGCGCUCAGCCUCAGGGGCAGUGUGACAAGUUCUCCCAGGAGACAGGCCGUCCUCAAGGAAGACGGGACUCCCGCCUUGUGCACGUGGCGUCCUUGUACAGAAACUGGCGAGGGAAUAAAGUCUUUGUUUUUUUAAGAA